UAUACUUUGAUAAUAUCGGACACAGUGGGGGAAUGCAUUUGCAACAAAACAUUAAAUUAUCUGUAUGUGGCGAAUGUGCUAGAAAAGAAAAAAACUGUGGUACAGUUAUUAAAACAUUACAAAACAGCAAAAACAAUAAAAAUAAUGAAAUCAAGAAAACUUAAUAAAUCAUUACAGAGAUUCUUAUGGUGACCAACUUCAUAAUAAAUCAUUGCCACUGAAUCGCCCAUGGUUGCCGGCGACGAUGAUUACCUAAAAUGGGAAUGAAAUUUAAUUAAUUUACUUACAGAAAAUCUCUCAAGAACACGUUUAGGCAUGGCAGUUUAGGACUCGGUUAAGGCCUGUAGAGCAGCCAUGGCCGAGUCAUCCUUGAAGGUCUGUGAAAUCAACAUCCACGUGGCUACUCAGGAAAGAGAAUUUGACAAAUAGCGAUACGACAGCCAUCAAUAGACCCAGAAUGAUCCUACGGCCCAGAUUCUUCUCAGAUUUAAGCGACUGAAUAAUCUCAGGCACACAGCAGAACAUGCGCCUGUCUGUGACUGUGAGUGAAGCGCAGGUGGUAAUGAAGUCGAUUUGGACAACUGAACGGACGUAGACGAUGUCGUUUUGGUGCUUGAUAGCUUAAGUUAACCUGUGGUGUUUAAUGGUGGUAACUUUAGCCUGUGAACUUUUUUGGAUUGAUUGAUAUUUUAUCUUAUUCUUUAGUUGGAGGAAAUUGGAAAAUCAGGCUACCUUGCAAUGGGCACCCUUGUUUUUAAUCAUAAUCUUAAGAUUACCCAGUUGGGAAAAUCUGGUCGGAUUGAAGAAGCCAUUAAACUUUUCUCACAGAUGACCCAAAAGAAUACUGUAACCUACAAUUCUAUGAUCUCUGCCUAUGCCAAGAAUGGUAGAAUUAGGGAUGCACGCCACCUGUUUGAUAAAAUGCCUCGUAGAAAUUUAGUUUCUUGGAAUGCCAUGAUUGCUGGCUACCUUCAUAAUGAUAAGGCAGAGGAAGCCUACGACAUGUUUGUUAAAAUGCCUAAAAGGGAUCUUUUCUCUUGGACUUUAAUGAUCACUUGCUAUACACGUAACGGCGAGCUUCAAAAGGCUAAACAACUGUUUAGUUUACUUCCUGAUAAGCGAGAUACAGUUUGUUGGAAUGCCAUGAUAGCAGGUUAUUCUAAGAAAAGGUUGUAUGAUGAGGCUAAAAGAUUGUUUGACGAAAUGCCAGUAAAGGAUUUAGUUUCUUGGAACUCUAUGUUGGCAGGGUAUACCAAGAAUGGAGAUAUGCAUCUUGGGGUGCAGUUUUUUGAGGAAAUGGGUGAGAGGGAUGUGGUUUCGUGGAAUUUGAUAGUGGAUGGGUUUGUUGAGGUUGGCGAUCUGGAUUCUGCUUGGAACUUCUUUAAGAAGAUGCCAGAACCGAACGUUGUUACAUGUGUUACAAUGCUUUAUGGGUUCGCCCGUAAUGGCAGGAUUGCAGAAGCACAGAAUCUCUUUGAACAGAUGCCAAGUAGAAAUGUAGUUUCUUGGAAUGCAAUGCUUGCAGCGUAUGUUCAAGACCACCAAAUUGAUAAGGCCGUUAAACUGUUCUCAGAGAUGCCAGAGAGGGAUUCUAUAUCAUGGACCACAAUGAUAAAUGGGUAUGUUCGUGUUGGAAAGCUUGAUGAAGCAAGACAACUACUUCACCAGAUUCCUUACAAGAAUAUUGCAGCUCAAACUGCAAUGAUUUCUGGAUAUGUACAAAGUAAAAGAAUGGAUGAAGCAAGUGAAAUCUUCAAUCAUAUUGGCAUGCGAGAUGUUGUUUGUUGGAACACCAUGAUUGCUGGGUAUGCUCAAUGUGGUAGAAUGACAGAAGCUCAAUAUUUGUUUAAUCAAAUGAGAAAUAAGGAUUUAGUCUCUUGGAAUACCAUGAUCACUGGUUAUGCUCAAGCAGGUAUGAUGGAUAAAGCAUUUGAGAUCUUUAAUGUAAUGGGAAAAAAGAACAUUAUAUCUUGGAAUUCUCUGAUCUCUGGGUUAUUGCAAAAUGGGUUAUACGUCGAUGCUUUAAAGUGUUUUUUGAUGAUGAGAAAGGAAGGAAGAAGACCCGAUCAGUCAACUCUGUCAUGCGGACUAAGUGCAUGUGCCAAUCUUGCCGCUUUGCAAAUUGGGGAGCAACUUCACCAUUUGAUCGUGAAAAGUGGUUAUGGAACUGAUUUGUUUGUCUGCAAUGCACUCAUCACCAUGUACGCGAAAUGUGGAAAGGUUUUCAAUGCUGAACUGAUGUUUAAAGAAACGGGAAACAUUGACAUUGUUUCUUGGAAUUCUUUGAUUGCCGGUUAUGCUUUAAAUGGAUAUGGUAAAGAGGCAGUUGGGAUUUUCGAAAAACUGCUGAUAGAAGGGAUGGCUCCGGAUCAGGUCACCUUCAUUGGUGUGUUGUCAGCAUGCAGUCAUGCUGGGCUUAUUACUCAAGGUCUGGAAUUGUUUAGGAGUAUGACUGAAAUAUACAAGAUAGAACCGUUGCCUGAACACUAUGCUUGCAUGGUUGACUUGCUUGGCCGAGCUGGUAGGUUAGAAGAAGCUUUCAAAAUGGUGUUGGAGAUGAAAGUCAAGACAACUCCUGGUAUAUGGGGGGCAUUGCUUGGAGCUGCAAGAAUACAUCGGAAUCUAGAAAUUGGUAAGUAUGCUGCUGAGAAGCUUUUAGAACAAGAGCCUCAUAGAGCUUCAAAUUAUGUGCUCUUGUCAAACAUUCAUGCUGAGGCCGGCAGAUGGAAAGAAGUUCAAAGAAUAAGAAUGUUGAUGGAAGAGAGAAGAACGGAGAAGCAACCAGGAUACAGCUGGAUUGAAGUCGGAAACCAGGUACAUUCUUUUCUUUCUGAUGAUGCUGCUCAACCUAGAACAGCCAUUGUACGCAACAUAUUAAAAAGUUUGACUGCUGAAAUGAGAAGUAGAAAUCGUGUGUCUGAUAUGAAAUAUUUUCUACUUGAUGUCUUAUAGUUUGACAAUGUUUUUCAAAUUACUAAAUUAUGUUUUACAGCUUUUCUACUUCAUA